UCUUCUCUUAUCCUUCUCCUCCUCUCUUCGUCUUCUUCUUCUUCUUCCCCUUUCUAGUCGCCGCCUCCUUCUUUACCGUUGCAGAAUCACGAGCUGCGUCAGACACCACCGGAUCACCCCACGCGCCUCCUCUCCAGCUCCCCGCCGCAGACUAGCUUCCUCCUCCUCCUACCCUGUCUCGCCGCCGCCGGGGAAAUAAGCGCUUCCCCUCUUCGAGCUUCUUGUCAACAGCGGCGGCUGGGGCGAUCGAUUAGCCCCCGUCUCUUCGGGUCCCGUCUUCCUCCCUCUCCAGUCUCCAGAUCGAUCGACCCCCUCGCCCGGCCGGCGGCAUGACGACGCUGUCGACGGGCGUGCUGCUGAAGCUGCUGGACGGGAUGAGGUCCGGCGCGGCGAAGCCGGUGGGCGAGCACCGGACGGCGGUGCUGCAGGUGACGGACAUCGUGCCGGCGGACAUGGACGAGAAGGACCUCUUCCCCAGGCACGGCCAGUUCUACGUCAAGGUCUCCGACUCCUCCCACUCCAUCUACGCCACGCUGCCGCUGGCCCAGGCCGACCUCGUGCUCACCAACAAGCUCAGCCUCGGCCAGUUCGUCCACGUCGACCGCCUCGACCCCGGAUCCCCUGUGCCCGUCAUCGUCGGCGCCAGGCCGCAACCCGGCCGCCACCCGCUCGUCGUCGGCACGCCAGAGCCGCCAGCGAGGGGCAAGGCGGCCGUGCCUCGGAGGGGAUCCUGGGGUCCCGAGAACCACGCCAUUGCUGCCUCGCCUAAGGUUGCUAUCAAGCCCACAGCGCUUAAUUUUGACGAGAGGACGCCGGUGAAGGCGACGCCGGCACGCAGCAGCGCGUUGUCGGCGUCUGUGAGGAAGAGCAGCAGCGUGCUGCCCAGGCUGAUGACCAGGAGCAGGAGCUUCGCUGCCGACAGAGGCGACCCUCCUCCAAAGAUCCCCAAGAGCCCAUUCCCAGCUGAGAAGAGCUCGAUGAGCUGCACGGCGGCUUCCAGGCCUAUCAGCAGGAGAGUCAGGGUAGAAGAACCCUCCUCACCGGUCUCCGAUGACGACACCGCGACGUCCGCUAAGAAGAGGCCGUCGUCAGCCGCUCGUGUGCUGGUGCCAGGGAAGCUCAAUUUGCUCGGCAAGGAAGCCAUGGAGCAGAUGGAGCAGGCUCAGAAGGUGGCGCUGGAAGCGCUGCGCAACGCCUCGGCCACGGAGAACGUAGCUCGGAUCUACAAGAUGUUCUCGGAGCUGAGCAAGGCGGCAAGGCCAGACGCCCCAGCGGCGUGCUUCGAGAGCUUCCUCGGAUUCCACCAGGAGGCGGUGCAGGCCGUGGCUGACAUAGAGUCUAUCCAAGCGGCGAUGUCGAUGGCUGCCUCCUCGGCUGUGGCGGCGAGCGACGAGCCCCCCGCCGAGGAGGCGCACGUCCUGCAGGAGAUAGCUCAGAACAGGACGACAGCCAUGAGGCGACGAGGAGGAGGCCUCCUUGGUGGGCUCGGCGGCGUGUCCAAGUCGGUGUCAUUCGCGCCGGGCACACUGCUGGAUCCUUCUUCAAGGCAUGAUGGCAGCCGGAGCUUGAGCGCCAGCAGGAAGUGCCUCGCCAUGGACAAGACCGGCGGCGAGGGCGAGAAGCGAUCCUCCUCUGUUCUGGGCUCGUCUCUGAGGCUGGCAAAGCAGAUGCUGGCGGAGGCAGGGAGCUGGUUCAUGGAGUUCCUGGAGGCCGUGCUGGAGACCGGCCUGAAGAAGAAGAGGAGCAAGCAAUCGUCGUCUUCUUCUUCAGCCACGGGGAAGCAGAGCGGCAGCGGUUGCAGCUGCCCGCAGUCACUGAUGCUGAGGGUGAUCAACUGGGUGGAGAUGGAGCAGAGCGGCGACAGCCGGAAGGCCGGGCACCCGAGGGCGGCCGCCGUUGCCAGGAAGCUCCGGAUCAAGGCCAAGAACCCUUGAAUGUUCAGGGUUUUAUUAGAUGAGUCUCCCAUGAUUCUUGUGCUAGCUAGCUAGGAACGGUGAGUUCCAUCACCCAUAUAGAAGAAACAACACCUGCUCGUGUGCUGUGUAUGAUGAUUGUAUCAACAUUUGCGAAUCACAAUUCUUUAAUUUUUUGCACAUUAUUUGUGCUUCAGGAA